AUGGAAGAAGGCAGAAUCUGGUCCGUCGGCGUCCUCGAAGGCGCCCAGAACCAAAACUCCCCCUCCGAGCUCGAAAAACUCUUCUACGAAUUCCUCCAGGGCUUCCGUAUCGACGGCAACUGGAUAUACCGCGAUGCCCUCAGAUCCGCCCUCUUGCUCAAGCAUCACACCCUGGAGGUCGAUCUGCGCGAUCUGGUGGCGUGGAAUGAGGAGAUGGCCCAAAAGGUGCAGGAGCAGCCGGGCGAGAUGAUUCCCCUGCUGGAAGCGGCCUUGCUGAGAUAUGCGCGUGAUCUGGUGCGGCCUACCAGCGAGGCUGACCGUGAACGCGAGCGAGAACGAGUCCGGAAUGGCCAGCCCAGUCUGGCAGCCGAGGAAGUUCCUGAUAUGCAGGUCACUGUCAGAUCGGGCAUGAACCUCUUGCAGUUCCGAAACCUCAACGCCAACACCCUCACAACCCUCGUCCGAUUGCCCGGUAUCGUGAUCAACGCCUCGCAACUGUCAUCACGAGCGACCGAACUCGCUUUGCAAUGUAAAUCGUGUCGGAGCGUCAAGCACGUCAAGGUGUCUGGAGCUAUCGGCGGUGAACGCUCAGCUCUUCCCCGACGAUGUGAUGCCGAACCGGUCGACGGUCAGCGCAAAGACUGCCCUGUCGACCCAUUCGUCAUCCUCCACGACCGAUGCCGCUUUGUCGACCAGCAAUCUAUCAAGCUCCAGGAAGCGCCCGAUAUGGUGCCCGUCGGUGAACUGCCGCGACACAUGAUGCUCCAUGCCGAACGAUACUUGACGGGUCGAGUCGUCCCCGGAUCUAGAAUCAUUGCCACCGGUAUCUACUCUACUUUUGCACCUCAAUCUAGAAGCGAAAAGACCUCUGGCGCUCCUGCGCUCCGACAACCCUAUCUCCGAGUUCUCGGUAUCGAGCUCGAUACCUCCGCCACCAGUACCUCAGGCAGCCGCGUUUUCACUCCCGAAGAAGAGGAAGAGUUCCAGCAACUCGCCCGAAGUGACGCCCUCUACGAACGCUUCGCCAACAGUGUCGCCCCCAGUAUCUUUGGCAACCUCGACAUCAAAAAGGCCGUCACAUGUCUCUUGAUGGGUGGUAGUAAAAAGAUUCUGCCAGACGGCAUGCGUCUCCGUGGAGAUAUCAAUGUGCUCCUGCUUGGUGACCCUGGUACCGCCAAGUCUCAGCUCUUAAAGUUCGUCGAAAAGGUCUCGCCCAUCUCGGUCUACACGUCCGGCAAAGGUUCGUCCGCUGCCGGUCUUACCGCCUCUGUGCAGCGAGACCCCGUCAGCAGAGAAUUUUACCUGGAAGGCGGUGCGAUGGUGCUUGCCGACGGUGGUGUGGUCUGUAUCGACGAGUUUGACAAGAUGCGAGACGAGGACCGAGUGGCCAUCCACGAAGCCAUGGAGCAGCAAACCAUAUCUAUCGCCAAGGCCGGUAUCACCACCAUCCUCAACUCGCGAACGUCUGUGUUGGCUGCUGCCAACCCCGUCUUUGGACGAUAUGACGAUAUGAAGUCGCCUGGAGAGAAUAUUGAUUUCCAGACCACCAUCUUGUCGCGAUUCGACAUGAUCUUUAUCGUCAAGGAUGAGCACAAUGAGCAGAGAGAUAGGACAAUCGCCAAGCAUGUCAUGAACAUUCACAUGAACAGGCAGUCGGAGAAUGAGGCGGUGGGAGAGAUUGAUAUCGAAAAGAUGAAGCGUUAUGUCGCGUACAGCAAGUCUCGAUGUGCCCCUACAUUGAGUAACGAAGCCGCCGAAAUGCUCUCGUCGCAUUUCGUCAGUCUCCGUAAGGAAGUUGCCCAGGUUGAGCGGGACAAUGAUGAACGAAGCUCCAUCCCCAUCACUGUUCGUCAACUGGAAGCCAUCAUUCGAAUCUCCGAAUCCGUCGCCAAGAUCACCCUCUCCCCCCGCGUUCUCCCCCACCACGUCGAAGAGUCCAUCCGUCUCUUCAAGUACUCCACCAUGCACGCCGUCUCCGUCGGCUCUGGCAUCGAGGGUCUUUCGAGGACCGAGCUCAACGACGAGAUUGACAGAAUUGAAAAGGAGUUGAAGAGGAGGCUGCCAAUCGGAUACUCGACAAGUUAUCAGAGUUUGGUGAGAGAGUUUGUGACGGGACAAGGAUAUACACAGCAUGCUUUGGAAAGGUGCCUGUAUAUCCUUGAGAAGCGAGAGGUGGUCAAGUAUACUGGAAUGAGAAGAGUCAUCCAGCGGAUCGGCGUAUAG